UGAUUCCAGACUCUUGUUCUGUUACAGUUCUUGUCCUGACUUCCUUUAAUGAUAUGAAAGUGUAAGUCACAUAAACCCUUUACUCUCCAACUCACUUUUUGGUCAUGGUGUUUCAUUACCACUGCAAUAGAAACCUUAAGUAACCUUUCCGGUGGCGAUGACUUCCCCAUGAGAACAUGCCUCUUGAAAAGGAUCUCUUUCAUCCCUCUCCAGGAGAGGAGAAGAGGAAACACAAGAAAAGGUGCCUGGUACUGAGCCCCAAUUCCUACUUUAUAGACGUGAAAUACCCAGAAUGCUAUAAAAUCACCACAGUGUUUAGCCAUGCACAGACGGUAGUCUUGUGCGUUGGAGGCUACGAUGCACUCUGUCCGCCUACAGCUGGAAAAGCAAGGCUGGCAGAAAGGUGCUUCUUCAGGAGGAAGCAGUGCUGAGAGCCCCUGAUUCAAGAUGUGUGGGAACCUUCCCAAUAAACACAUUUUGGAUUAAAAAAAGAAAAAAGAAACCCUAAGUAAGACACCCACCAUAUAGACUGACUUUGAACUUGUG